AUGACAAGCAGUGUGGACACUACUGUACAUACUACACAUCCAGACAAUGCAGCAGCCAUAUUUCUUUUCUGCAAUCAUAUAAGUAAACCACCUCAGAGACUGGAAUUCAACAAAAAAGUUAUAAGGUAUCUCAAAGACACAAAAGACUUGAGUUUAAAAUUAUCAGCAACUGGUGACUUAAACCUCACAGGAUAUGUGGACUCUGAUUGGGUGGGUGACCUCAACACAUGCAAAUCUACAAGUGGUUACUUUUUCAAAUUAGGAAACAGUCCUAUAUCCUGGUCGAGCAAGAAACAGAUCUCGGUGGCAUUGCCUACUACAGAGGCAGAAUAUAUUUCUGCUGCCUAUGCCAGUCAAGAAGCCAUUUGGUUGUGGCAGUUACUUGAAGAUAUUGGAGAACCAUUGUCCCAGCCAACAGUCUUAUGA